AUGUCUGUCUCCAUUGAAACCACUACUCCCGUCGUCCCUGUCAAGCAGGAGGCUGCCGCCGUCGGUACCAAGGGCCGCAUGCCCGAGUUCAGCCUGGCCGGAAAGGUCGUCCUUGUCUCUGGCGCUGCCCGUGGACUCGGCUUGACCCAGGCUGAGGCUCUGCUCGAAGCCGGUGCCCGUGUCUAUGCUUUGGACCGCCUUGAGGAGCCCUCUCCCGAAUUCUUCAACAUCCAGAAGCGCGCCAAAGAAGAGCUAGGUACCGACUUCCAGUACCGUCGCAUCGACGUCCGCGACACCGAGCUCCUGCACAGCACUGUUGAGGCGAUCGCCAACGCCGAAGGUCGCAUGGACGGUCUGGUUGCCGCCGCUGGUAUCCAGCAGGAGACCCCCGCCUUGGAAUACACCUCGCAGGAUGCCAACAGAAUGUUCGAAGUCAACGUCACUGGUGUCAUGAUGACCGCCCAGGCCGUCGCAAAGCAGAUGAUCCGGUUCGGAAACGGAGGAAGUAUCGCACUAAUUGCCAGCAUGAGCGGUACCAUUGCCAAUCGGGGCCUUAUCUGCUCUGCCUACAACGCUAGCAAAGCCGCCGUCAUCCAACUCGCCCGCAACCUCGCUGCCGAGUGGGGUCAGUACAACAUCCGUGUCAACACCAUCUCCCCCGGCUACAUCGUCACUGCCAUGGUUGAGCAGCUCUUCAUCCAGUUCCCCGAGCGCCGCGAUGAGUGGCCCAAGCACAACAUGCUUGGCCGCCUGUCCUCCCCCGAGGAGUACCGUGGUGCCGCCGUCUUCCUUCUCAGUGACGCCAGCAGCUUCAUGACUGGAAGCGAUCUCCGCAUGGACGGUGGCCACGCCGCAUGGUAA